UGGGCCACAUACAGUAUAAAAACCCUGAUCGUUGUGCAGGAGAGCAGCAGAUGCUCUAAGGUGCUCAAACCAAGAGGAUAUACAGCAGUGGGAGCUGCAGUGGUGCUGACUUUAUUUAUUUGGAACCCAAGCAUGCCAAUUUAACCUCAGAAAAUGGACCUACGAGUAGCAAGCAUUCUCCUUCUCCUGGUGGCCCUGGUUGCCGGCCAUGGCGAGAGAUAUAUGGUGAAGAAAGUGGUGAAGGCUCCAUAUGCCGUGAAAAGUCAUGUGGUUUCUGUAGCUGGAGAACCAGGUGCCCCAGGUGAGCCUGGUGAACCUGGACCUCCUGGACCUCCCGGACCCCCUGGUGAGAGUGCUGUUGGACUGCCAGGGCCUGAGGGCCCACCUGGCCCACCUGGACCUUCUGGCUACUCAGCACCUGGAAAGCCAGGCACUCCAGGUGGACCCGGCAAACCAGGUGCACAUGGUGCACCUGGACCUAAAGGAGAUACUGGUUCACCUGGUCCUCAGGGACCAAGGGGUGCUCCUGGACCUUCUGGUAUCCCUGGGCCUGCUGGUCUAUCUGCCACUGGCAAACCUGGACCAGCUGGUUUGCCUGGAUCAAAUGGACCAAGAGGAGAACCAGGUGCUAAGGGACAUCCAGGUAUUCCUGGUGCACCAGGACAAAAAGGAGACAGAGGUAUUGGCAUUCAAGGGCCAGCAGGUGAAACUGGUGCAACUGGACCUAUGGGACCUGUAGGCGCACCCGGUCAGCCUGGUGUUGGUAAACCCGGUAAACCUGGCUACCCAGGUGAGCCAGGUAAGCCAGGUGCAUCUGGUCUUGAUGGGGCACCUGGUCCUAUGGGACCAGCUGGGCCAAAAGGCCACACUGGAGCUCCUGGGGUUGGAAUGCCAGGUAAACCAGGUGAUAAUGGUGCUCCAGGAUUGCCAGGCCCUACAGGCGCUAAAGGUCCUCAGGGAGCAACAGGUGCACCUGGUGCUCCUGGUAGUCCAGGCUAUGGUAAGCCAGGUGCUCCUGGUGCGAAAGGUGACACAGGUCCAGUAGGUAGCACUGGUGCAACAGGUCAGAAAGGUGAGCCAGGUGCAAGGGGAGCAACAGGAUACACAGGCGCAACUGGCCCAAUGGGACCAGCUGGUUCUCAGGGUCCAAGAGGUUUCCCAGGUGAGAAGGGACCUACAGGUGAAAAAGGUGAAUCAGGUCCAAUGGGACCUCAAGGCUUUAAGGGACAUAAGGGAGAUCAAGGGCCACAGGGACCUGAGGGCAAAUCAGGCUAUCCAGGUUCACCAGGCCCACAGGGCCCAAGGGGAGCCACAGGUGCUCCAGGUAGCAAAGGAGAGACUGGUGAGGCAGGUGCAACUGGUGCUCCAGGAGCAACUGGUCCUGUUGGACCUAAGGGCCAUACAGGAAAUGCUGGACCAGCUGGUGAAACAGGGCCUGCAGGUGCCACAGGUACAAGAGGACCUACUGGUCCAUCUGGUCCACCAGGUGCACCAGGAGCUAAAGGUCACCCUGGUCUUCCUGGUGCACCUGGCCCUGCAGGUCUUGCUGCUAAAGGAAUUCCUGGACCACAAGGUCCACCAGGACUUCCUGGAUCAGAUGGUGCUCCUGGUGAAAGUGGACCAGCUGGCCCUCCUGGCCCACCUGGUCCACCCGGUGAGGUUAUUAUUGCAGAAACUAAGGGAACCUUUGUGAAGGAACCUUUUGUCAAGACCCCAAUGUCUGCUUUUACUGCCUUAACUAUGACACCUUAUCCUCCAGCUGGUAGCCCUAUUAAGUUUGAACAAAUUGUCUACAAUGCUGAGAAUCACUAUGACCCUGAGACUGGUAUCUUUACUUGCCAGAUUCCUGGAGUGUAUUAUUUUGCAUACAGCAUGCAUGUGAAUGGAGCUAAUGCUCUGGUGGCACUGUACAAAAAUGAAGACCCAAUUAUGUUCACUUAUGAUGAGUACAACAAGGGCUUCCUGGACCAGAUGUCUGGUAGUGCUGUCCUUCAACUCAAUGAGCAGGACACCGUUUAUGUCCAGAUCCCUGAUGAUGAGGCAAACGGUGUCUUUGCUGCUGAUAAUGUCCACUGCUCCUUCAGUGGUUUCCUGAUUGCUUCUACGUGAUGCAGUUAUCCAACCAUACCAUAACUUCUAAACAUUCUUACUAUUUCUCAAGCAACAAAAAUGUCCAAACAGGUUGUUCUUUGGUUUUGAGAAAUAGAAGUAUCUUGACUUGAAAAUCCCAAGCAGUGGGUGCCAAAAAGAAGGACCUAAUUUAUGUAACAGGCUAUCAGGGACAUAAAGGCAGUUAAAUGCAUAAACAGUCAUCUUUAUUGGAUUUGAGUGGAGAAAGUAUGUGAAGUUUAAUAAUUAUUAAAUGUCCUGACAAUUUUUGUUCUUUUGUUCUUUUUCUUUUUAUAUUUUCUAAUUCGAAAGGGUGAUUAAAAUUUUAAUAUUAUUUUUUUUUUUUAAACCUUGUUUUUGGUAAUGUUUUCUUAACAAAUACACUCAAAGAAUGAUGUUCCUGAUGUUUGUUUCUGAUUUAAACAUUGUGAAAUAUCGUACAGAUUAUUAAAAAAAUGUACAAGACAUCCAAAGCAAAAGCAAUUCCAAAUGUUAUGCCUUAAAAUGUAACUGUACUUUGUAAACCAUAAUGAUGAAAAUAAACUGUCUUAAAGAUA